AUAAGACAUAUAUUUAUACAUUAAGAACAUAUAUGAUGGAUUCUCUCUCUUCUACAUGUAAUACACAGUUGAGCUGAAUACAAUAUUAAAAUAAUUGUUAAUUGUAAUCAUCGAGGGCUUUCUGGAUCUUCUGCACAUGUUAAAAUCAUAACCAGUAAUGCUCUCACCUCAAAUGAUUUAUUUUUGUAUCUUGUAUUAUUUUGGAUUUAUUACAUAUGCUAUACUUCACACAGCAACAACCUUUUUCCUUUAGGAAAGUGCUAUUUCCUGUACAAAAGUCCAGUCAAGUCGCAUCAAGCUAUUACCCUUAAUCCCUUCAGGGCUUGUUCACUUAAUUCAGCUACACAGAUGAAGACUCAAGACGCGGACAAAUAAACAUACCUACUGAAGGCCUCGGGAGUCUGACACAAGGUCUUCUCUUAUUUUUGAAUGAAAAUAGUGGAUUUCUGCUCAGGACAUUGAAGGUUUUUUGGCAGACAUGGGGAAGCGUGUGACUAUACUUUCUUCAUGUCCUUACAAGCUGAUUUUUUUGCAUUUCUACUCUUCGCAUUGACGAACUCAAGCACCGAUGGGGUACAGAAGGCGGAUACGUUCCUUUGGGUGACAUGUUGUGGAAAUACAGCUUCUGGGAUUUCUUUGAUUAAAAGAGAAACUUAGCAGGAGAAGCCAUGGGUUGUGGUGUCACAAAAACCAGUGAAUUCAAUAGAAAAUUUGAUAAAGAUGGAAAUGUCAUUCCAGCAGCCAUAAUCGUGUUCUCUUGAAAGCAAUGAAGGCCGCGGUGCUGAUCCAGCGCUGGUACCGACAGUAUGCGGCUCGCAUGGAAGUGAGACGCAGAUACACCUGGAACAUCUUCCAGUCCAUGGAGUACGCAGACCUACAAGACCAGAUCAAAUUAUACAAUUUUCUUGGUUACCUGAUGGAUAACUUCACUCCAUCAAGCACUGAACGAAAUCUGAUCUCACAUAUCUUCAGAGAAAACGAGGUUUGCAGAGAUGCAGAGUGGGAGAGAUACUUCAGCUACAACAAUAUCACUGUGCCAGACAUCUACUCUGGUCCACGGUUAACCUUUCCUUUAGAUAUGGAUCAGGCUGCUCAUCUUGUAGAGGCCUUUAAAAACAAACAACAGCUUCACUCUCGUUACGUUCUUCAGCUUCUUCUGGAAACAUGGAAGUUGCUCAGAGUGUUGCCAAAUAUCAACCGAGUCUCUACAUGCCAUAGCAAAGAAAUAACCAUUUGUGGUGAUUUACACGGACAAUUAGAAGAUUUGCUACUAAUAUUUUACAAGAAUGGAAUGCCGUCGUUGGAGAAACCCUAUGUUUUCAAUGGAGACUAUGUGGACCGGGGCAAAGACUCCAUAGAGAUUCUUCUCAUAUUGUUUGCUUUUCUGCUUGUGUUUCCUGGAGAUGUUUAUCUUAAUCGAGGAAACCAUGAAGAUCACAUCAUUAAUUUGAGGUAUGGCUUCACCAAAGAAGUACUGAACAAAUACAAGCUGCAUGGGAAGCGUAUCCUUAAGUUGCUCCAGAAAAUCUUCAGCUGGUUGCCUUUAGUGACAGUUAUCGACCAACGGGUGCUGAUAGUCCAUGGAGGAAUCUCAGAUACCACCGAUCUUGCUCUGAUAGCUCGAGUGGACAGACACAGAUAUGUGUCUGCUCUGAGGCCUCCGAAGAAGAAGACUCCAUCACGCACUAAUGUAUAUGCAGAUUCAGAGCGUUAUGAUGAGAUGAUCAUCUGUAAGAACAGAAGGGGCUCACUGACCUUUCCCAAACCGUUUGGUGCUCGGGAAAGUUUUCAAAGACGCUCCCUUCAAGACUUCUCAAGCACCGUGGCUCGGACACUUGGGGAGGAGUUCGAGGUUCGCCGUAGACAAGCAGAGUUUAGCUUGUCCAGCUUCAGCAAGUCUCACCGCAUUCUGAGCUCUGCUCUGUCAUCUGAUUCUGAACCAGAAUCAUCAGAGUUUACAGACACCGGCAAUGAUGAGUGGAAACAGAUUUUGGACCUGCUGUGGAGUGACCCCAUGUCUCAUGAUGGUUGCAUUCCAAACGAGGUCCGUGGCGGAGGCUGUUAUUGGGGUCCUGAUGUCACAGAGGGUUUUCUGAACAGGCACAACCUCCAGCUCAUCAUCCGCUCACACGAGUGCAAACAGGACGGAUACGAGUUUUGCCACAAUCGUAAGGUCCUGACCCUUUUCUCAGCCUCUAACUACUAUGAGGUUGGCAGUAACAGAGGAGCCUUCGUCAGGCUGGGUCCAGAUCUUGUGCCUUACUUUGUUCAGUAUCAGGCCACCAGUAUGACCCGAGGACUGAGCUUUCCACAAAAUGUAAAACGCACAGAGCACACAGCUCUCAAAGUCCUACGAGAGCAACUGUUUGUGCACAAGUCUGAUCUCCUCAGUGCCUUUCAAGAGAUUGAUAAGGAGAACACAGGACUGAUCUGUUUGAAUGACUGGGCGAGUGCAAUCGAGCGAGUUCUUCACCUGGAUCUGCCCUGGCGAGUGCUUCAUCCUCAGCUCGUGUCCAGCACCACUGAUGGGAAGCUGGACUACCACGGCUGGUUCCGUGAUCUUGCCCUAAAAAAGCCAAGUUCUGAGCACAUUGAGCAGACUAUGCUGGAGACGCUGUAUAGACAUCGCUCCACACUGGAGACCAUUUUCAGAAUAGUGGACACAGAUAAUUCAGGUCUCAUCACUUUUGAGGAUUUCCGUCAGACGUUGAAACUGCUUAGUGCCUAUCUGAAAAUGGAGAUCUCUGAUGAGGUCAUCAACGAGCUGGUUAUCAGCACCGACACAAAUAAUGACGGUAGCAUUGACAUUGAUGAGUUCAUGGAGGCUUUCCGGCUGGUGGACAAAAGCAGACUCGAGAGAGGUAAAAGCCUAUUAAAGCUCAUGCAGGACAACCAGAGCCUUCCUCAGGAGACAGAAAGCCCACAGACUGUCUACUCUACAGCUCCACAGACUUCACAAUGUCCAGCUUCACAGCCUGCAGAUCCACCAGUUUCAAAUACUACAGACUCUGCAUGCUCACAGACCGCAAAUCCUCCAGCUUCACAGACUGGUUCACUCACUGAAGACUGUCCAGCUUCACAGACUGAAGAUCUCUGCCAUAUUUCUGUUGUUGUUCCACCACAAUAACUGCUGACUGUUGUUAAAUUACACUGCUGUAAACCGUAGCCUUCCCUUGGUAUUUAACCCUACAGAUUAACCUUGUAUAGUCUUUAAUCUUCCUCUCUUAACCAAAUAUACUCCAGGUUCAGGUUUAGAAUACACCUAGAUGUUCAGUGAUCAAUAAUGCAUGUUCUCCAUGCUUCAUUACUGUACUACAUUGUAUAAGCUGCUGAUAUUUCACCGAUAUCUGCACUUGUUUUUAUCUCCCUGACAACUGGUCCAAGAUAAAGAGGCUUCUAGAAUUUGCCUGCAUUGCCUCUGACAAAUAUAUUCACACAUUCUGCAUCAAAACAAGCCAUCGGUAUCUUGAUAUGUCCAUGACAUAAUUAUAUUUUAACACAGAAUAUAUGUUGUUUAUAAUGUAUUUGAUGUGUGUAAAUGUGCUAUGCAAGUAAAUGGGUAGACAGAGA